GAUCUCGCCCUCACCACACCACGGAGUCGCUCGACGAGUUCAAGCGCGUCACGCCACAGCAGUCGCGCGAGGCCCGGCAGAACGCAGCUCGCAGGGAGCUCGCGACCAAGCGCACCAAUUGGACAGCCGACAACCGCAAGCGCAGCAUCUACCAGGGCACCGGCGUGCUCGUCGAUCGGGAGCGCAGCAAAUCGCGCUCGCGCUCGCGCUCGCCUGGCGAACACUUCCACUACGUCCACAAUUGCUUCCUGGACUACAACCGCUACGUCGACACCGACUACGCGGAUCUCUACUCCACCAUCCCGGAGGAGGAGGAGGUGAACAACGUCAGCUCCGGAUCGGGCGCUAGCAACAUCUCUGGGAUUGGCCCCGAGCUUUCCAUGGCCAACACUUCGGUGGAUGUGAAAGAGCUCCCCGCGUGCUACGUCUUCGUCGCGGACGUUCCAGGCCUCAAGAACAGCGACAUCAAGGUCCAAAUCGAGAAUGACAGCAUCCUCAAGAUCAGCGGCGAGCGCAAGCGCGAGGACGGGCCCAAUGUGGACGUCAAGUACGUGAGAGUGGAGCGAGCAGUGGGGAAGUUCAUGAGGAAGUUCAAUCUCCCGGCCAAUGCCAAUCUCGAGGCUGUGUCCGCGUCGUGCCAGGACGGUCUCCUCACCGUCACCGUGCCCAAAGUACCGCCGCCGGAGCCUCACAAGCCCAAGACGUUUGAUGUCCAAGUCGCGACUGCCAGCGUCGGCCCAAAGUAGAAGAUCCAAGAAAAGAAGUGGAGAUUGGCAAGAUUUCUACCAGAUCAUGAGAGUGAAAACGAGAAAUGUUGGUAACAUCACGCCAGGCAGAGAGAAAUAAGCUUUGUAACUCCUU